CUUGGAAACCAUAACCAAGUCCAUCUCUGGAGAGAGAAACAAAGGCCGAUUAACCGAUCCGCCGAUACGUCGCUGAUCCGCCGCCGGUUCGAGGAAUGGAGGGCGUUGGGGCCCGGCUCGGCCGGUCCUCGACUCGCUACGGACCGGCCACCGUCUUCACGGGUCCAGUGAGGAAGUGGAAGAAGAAAUGGGUCCACGUCUCGCCAUCUAGUGCCUCCAACCAUCACUCUCAGACUAACGGUAAUAAUAACGGGAAUAACGGCUCUCAUCUCCUUCUUUACAAGUGGACACCUAUUUCACAAAGCAGCAAUAAUGGCACCAACGCUGACAAGAACUCCGCCAAGGACAGCGCCGCCGCGACCGCAGCGCCGGAGGAGCCGCCUCGGCGAAAAUUCAAAUACAUUCCGGUUGGGAUUCUUCAUCACACUUGGAGUAAUUUGCAGGUGAUUGCUGUACUAGAGGAGCAGAAGAGGGAGGAUGCAGAAAAGGCUGAUGAUGAAGCUAAACCAAGUGAUGCUGACCUAAGUGCAGCAGAACCAACCUUGAAGACCAAUGGUUUUGAUGAAAAACCCGACAUUAAUGAUGUGCCAAUGGAAGAAAAUCAGGCACUGGACCAGAAUCAAUUAGCACGGCAGGAUCUGAAUGAAAGCACCUUGGAUUUGAGUUUGGGGUUGAAGGCCCAUGAUGGGGAUCCCGAUUCUGAUUCAAAAACCAAUCAAAACAAAGACGGAUAGUUUGAAAGAAUGAACUCUAGUAUUAUGGGAACAUGAAGUGAGAACCCUACUCUCAGCCUAUUCCAACUGCAGAUAACUUCAAAUUAAAGAAGCAACAUACCCAUAUCUUCUGGAUUCUGAAAUGCAAAUUUCUUUCCCCUUUUUUGUAUUACCCUUCAAGGGAUCAUCUCAGGGCAGGCCUAUCCAUGUGGUUUAAGCAAGUAUAUUCAGUCUUCAUCUGAUGCUCUGUAGAUGAGCUAAUUGCAUUUUGUACUGAGAGAAAUCAUUUGUUUUCCUCUAUUGAGUGAUUGAAUUUAUUUCUGGAUUUUAUUGUUAUACUUUUCAUUUGGAGGAACCAAUGUUUGAUAUGAAAUGGUAGUUGAAUGAAUCAUCCAGUUAUUUAAAGCAAAA